AAUUCUCCUUAUGCAGCUGUUCCAAUGGCUAAACACUCUUACUAUUAAAUAUAUUUCUUCUUACCAGUUUGAAUUCAUCUAGUUUAAACUUCCAGCCAUUGGCUUUUGUUCUGUCUUCGCUAAAUGAAAAAACCUCCUACUGUCUGGAAUCUUCUCUCCAAAGAUGUACACAUAGACUGCAAUCAAGCAACCUUUUCAUCUUCAUUUUGAUAAACCGAAAAGACUGAGUUCCUUAUGCGUCUUCCUCUAAGUCAGAUUUUGCAGAUCUCAAAUCAACCACAGCCUUCUCCAAUUUCUCAACAUCCUUUUAAUGUGUGUACACAAAGAAUGGAUAUAAUACUCAGAUAUUGGUCCACUAAAUGCCGUGGAUAGCAGUUGUUCCUCCUACUUGGUACUCCCCAGUUUAUACACCAGACAUCAAGUUAGCCCUCUGAGGCACAGAAUAGUGCCAGGAGCUCAUGGUCAGUGUGUUACUUCCGAUUACCAUAAAUCCUAUGUACAGUCUUUGCUUUCCAGGAUCCAGUGCUCCAUUCUGUAAAUAUUUUCUUUUUUCCUUGAAUGUGUGCACAUAUGUAUUUGUAUUUAUUAAAUGCAUUGCAUCUUAUAUUUGAUUUUAUUAAAUGCAUGUUUUCUUUUUCCCUUAGAUAACUUCUGUUUGCUUAAAGUAAUUCGUUUGGUUUGGUUUGGUUUUCCAAAGGAAUAAAUUUGGCUUUGUCUAAGGACUUUUCUUAAUGGAAAUAAAAGUAGGGCCUUCUGUGACUGUGUGAAUAGCGCAGCAUCCAGAUUUCACAACCAGCUAUAUCCUUCCUCAGUUGGAAGAAUAAUGACUCCACUCAUUGCAGCCGUUUACCAUCUGCUCAUUCUUAAACAGUUCAGUAACUGGACAUGCUGUGGCCUCCAGGUCAACAUGACUGGACUGUAUUAAUCAUUCCAGUCAAAUCCAGCUUCUGAAGAUUAAACGUGUUUCCGAGAAAGCAAAUAUGAUCUGGAGAAGCCAUGAAAACUGAACUCUUCGCAUAUGAUGAGGAAAGGCUAACAAGCCUGUCUGGAUUUCUGUCCAAAGGAGCAAAUUCAAUUGUGAAAAAAAAUUAAGGAAUGAUUGGUCAUCAGCUACAUGAGAAAUCCUACCAUACAUGCAUAAAUAUGGCUGAAAUCGUACGUGGGCGAUUACAUUAGAAUUUACUGUUCUAAAUGGUCUUACAAAAGACAUGAUGAAAUGGCUUAGGGGACCUAAAUGAGAAAAAUAUCUCGGGUACUGCCUAGACUUCUGCGUCCUAGAGGUUGGUAUCUCUCCAAUACUGGUGUCCUAGGCUGACAAAUUCUGUUGCAAGAGAAAUGAAGGAACAAUCUUUGCUUCUCUAGAAGGAUUAAAUUGUACAGGGAACAUCAGAAAGAGCAGAAAAUGAGCCAGUUUAACCACUCAGCAGAGCUCUCCCUCCAGAGCACAGCAAACAAGUCGCUGAACUCCACUGACAUACCAGUGGCUUUGGACGAGAGGCUACUUCUAGGGCUGAAGAUCUCUCUGGCAGUUGUUCUGUCUCUUAUAACUCUGGCAACCAUUCUUUCAAACACCUUUGUAAUUAUCACGAUUUUUCUCACUAGAAAGCUCCAUACACCUGCAAAUUAUCUCAUUGGUUCCUUGGCACUGACAGAUCUCUUGGUAUCUAUCUUAGUAAUGCCAAUCAGUAUUGCUUACACUGUCAGCCGUACGUGGACCUUUGGCCAAGUUAUGUGUGAUAUCUGGUUAUCCUCAGACAUUACCUGCUGCACCGCCUCAAUUCUGCACCUCUGUGUUAUUGCAUUAGACAGAUACUGGGCCAUCACAGAUGCUUUGGAGUAUGCCAAACGCCGAACGGCCAGCCGAGCAGCCUUCAUGAUAGCUGUGGUCUGGGUGAUCUCUAUUUGUAUUUCUAUGCCACCACUCUUUUGGAGACAAGCCAAAGCUCAUGAAGAAAUGGCAUCGUGUUCUGUGAACACAGAUCAGAUUUCCUACACCAUCUACUCGACCUGCGGAGCCUUCUAUAUCCCAACCGUGCUCCUCGUUAUACUGUACGGGAGAAUUUACGUGGCAGCUCGCUCCAGGAUCCUGAAGCCACCGUCGUUAUAUGGGAAACGAUUUACCACUGCCCAGCUGAUUACUGGUUCUACUGGGUCUUCUUUCUGCUCCAUUAAUUCUAGCCUUAAUGAGCGGCAUUCUCACUCAGGCGGCUCCCCAAUAUUUAUCAAUCAUGUGAAAAUCAAACUUACAGAUAGUGUCCUGGAAAGGAAAAGAAUUUCUGCUUCAAGAGAAAGAAAAGCCACAAAGACGCUGGGUAUUAUCCUGGGAGCUUUUAUUUUCUGCUGGCUGCCAUUCUUUGUUGUAAGCCUAGUCAUGCCCAUCUGUCAGGAUGCUUGCUGGUUUCAUCCCAUCCUACUAGACUUUUUCACAUGGUUAGGUUACUUUAACUCACUGAUCAAUCCAGUCAUAUACACGGCUUUUAAUGAAGACUUCAAACACGCCUUCCAGAAGCUAAUACACUUUAGAAAGUGUUCUUAGUGUUGGACCUCUCAUUCGUCAUUGAGCCCAUGCAAUCCUGCAGCUCAGUUGGAGGCUGUCUGUUCUUAUGCUGGUACUGCUUUGGACUGGUAAUUGGUGUCCCUGUUGCUAACUGCGUGUUGUGCAUGUAACUGAAGACUUGUUGCCAAUCGUUUUAUAUUUAUUUUCCAUCUGGAAUUAUAUAUCUUUUUUGUAGAAAUUGUUUCUGGUCUCUUCAGUGAUCAUAUGCUUCUGUACGAUCAGCACAGAGAGGAGGAUUUGUAACACGCGGGAUGAAAUGAAGAGGAAAGCUGCAUGCCGUGUGCUGAUGGAACAUGAGUUGCCCCAUUCUGUCUCGGCUGUGGAAUCCAAUGAGAUUAGGAUAGUGUAUUUGUCUAUAGGAAUUUGGCAUGGUUUUUUGCAUAUAAUUGUCAGAAAUUCUGUGUUGUAGUUCAGUCAAGGAGUGUUUCUGAGAUGGGGCAUGUGCAUUAGCUUUAUAAAACGUCACCAAAUUAAGUGUUCCCUGGUACAGCCCCUGGAAAACAAUAAAACCAGUAACUGUUUUCUGGACAGUUAUUCAUAGUGUUGUGGGACACUGAGCAGGAGAUGGGCAAAUGAGCUAUGAGGAGCCUUCAUUCAUUUGUUUUGGUCACCGACUUUGAGGGCUCCAUAUCUGGGGAAUUAUAAAAAGCAGAACGCAUUAUUUGAAAUUUAUUUUUAUACAUUUUAUCCUUAAUGGAACAGAAGGUGCAGAAAUCCUGCAAAAUAAAUAGC